AUGGUAAAAUUUUGUGCUGUGUUUGGAUGUUCAAAUCGUGAAAAGGGUAAAUCUUUUUUUCGUUUAACAAAAUUAGUUUGCAAUCAAGGCGAUGAUGGUAAGAUUUUAUCAAAGGAACGUAGAGAAAAAUGGAUAAAUGCCAUAAACAGAGUUGGUAACUAUCCUGAUGUCCUCUACACUCGAAUUUGCAAUGAUCAUUUUAUUACAGGAAAACCUGCUUCUCUUUUCUCACAGAAUGAUCCUGAUUGGGUUCCAUCCUUAAAUCUGGGACACAAAAAGUUUAAAUUUGACGUUGAGAAACCUAGAGAAAGAUACUUACGACACAAAAAUCGUUCAUUGUUAACAAGUCAAAAUGAUUCUAUGUCUUGUAGAAAUAGCACCACUAAUUUAAACCCUUCUGAUGAUUCAAUUGUAGAUUUUCAAAAAGAGAAUUUUAAAAGUAGUGAAUCAAAUGUCUCAGAAAGUGUUACAAUAGAUUACGAAAACUUGGUAGAUGUGAGUGUUCAAACAGAUAUGACUGUCAAAAAUAUCAAUCAAAUAGAAACUGAGUUUAUAUACAAAAACAAACUUAAUUACGAUUUGCGUGUAAAUUUAGUCAAACUCCACGUGGGAACUAUUGAAUGGUUUAAUACAGAUUCAAAAGUAACAUUUUACACUGGGUUGCCAAAUUUGAAAAUUUUAUGUUGUUUAUUUAACUUUUUAAAGCCUCUUAUAACUGAAAAUGAGAACUCUGUUUUAUCGUACUUUGAAGAAUUUUCGUUGACGCUUAUGAGAUUGCGUUUAAAUCUAUCUAUUAGAGACCUUGCUUACAGAUUUGAAAUUUCAAAAUCGACUUCAUCAAAAGUAUUUUUAAGAUGGAUUGACAUUAUGUACUUUAGAAUGAAACAUUUAAUUAAAUGGCCUGCUCGCAAUGAGCUUAUAGAAACUAUGCCUUUAUGCUUCAGAAAAUAUUUUGAAACAAAAGUGGCUGUGAUAAUUGAUUGCUUUGAAAUAUUCAUAAAUAAACCAUCUAAUUUAUGCGCAAGAGCAGCAACUUGGUCACAGUACAAACAUCACAAUACUGUUAAAUUCUUAUUAGGUGUAAGCCCACAAGCUGAUAGAGGUUUUAACAAUGCUGAGAGUGUUGGCUUUUAUUGUGGGGAGCUAAAGAUUCCAGGAUUUACGAAAGGAAAGUUAAAAUUAACUUGUUCAGAUGUAGAAACAACCCGGAAAAUUGCCUCUGUUCGAGUACACGUUGAGAGAGUUAUUGGAUUGUUACGUAACAAAUAUAAAGUUCUGCAAAGUAUUAUGCCAUUAGAUUACUUAUAUACUAAAGAUUCUGGAUUAUGCACAAUAGACAAAAUUGUUAUUGUUUGUUCUUCUUUGAUAAAUAUAUGUGAUUCAAUUAUUCCUGUGGAAUAG